UUAAAGAUGUUCAAAAUUUCGUCUUUCAAAAUGUUCACUAUUUCAUCAUUAUAUUUACUGUUAAGUACAGCUACAUUUAACAUAAUCGCUGUGAAAAAGUCUUACUAUCCUUCUGAGAUGACCAUAAUGCGUUUGCUGGAAAAAGAGACAUGCUCUCUUAUGAAAGAUGUUCUACUUGAAACAAAUUCUCCAUCAAUUUUAUCAUGUUCAUUGAAAUGUCUACAAGAACCAUUUUGCGUUGGAGUGAACUUUCGAAGAGACAGGACGAUAGAAAACGUAAAUUGUCAGUUGACCAGCAAACGACUUCACAACAUUCAGAAUUGCAAUGAUAACUCAUGGACAUUUUAUGAAUUACUGAAUCCUCAAAGAGAGAUACCUGUUAACAUCAAGAAAUUAUGCAAAAAUGAUGGAAAAGCGAUAAUUGAUUUGAAAGAUGGACCUGGUUCUGAUCCUUAUAAAUGUCAAUGUCGUCAUGGUUUCACCGGAAAAUAUUGCUCAUUUGAUGCAAGUACAACAUCAGCACCAACCACAGAUGAAACAACAACAUCAGCAUCAACCACGGGUGAAAUAUCUCCUUAUGAAGCAACAACAUCAGCACCAACUACAGCUUAAAAUUCUCUUUCGUUGACAACAAACCUUUGUUGACAAGAAUAGAAACUUCUAACGGUUGACAACAAUAUUCCAUGUAUAAAGUUGGUGUAAACCCACGCUUUGUUAUAAAUUUAAAAACACUGACUUUUUACACUGAAUUUUGUCAAAUACGUAAUUGCGUAGUCAAAUUACUCACUUAUGUAGAAUCUUGUAUCGUUGGUGUUGAGUAAAUUAUAUUUAUAAAUAUAAAUUAAGAUAUGAUAGGCGAGUUUCUAAUGCGAGAGGAUGAUACUAUAGUUAGAUCAUUUAACUGAUUUUGCACAAUAAACGUGAUAAAGAUUUUAAAA